AUGUCCUGCGCCUCGAACAUCGCCGCUAUGAAGAAAGUGGUGCAACAGCUGCGGCUCGAGGCUAGCGUGAGCCGCAUGAAGAUUUCACAAGCUGCAGCUGAUCUGAAGCAGUUUUGCCUUCAAAAUGCACAUCACGAUCCUUUAUUAACAGGAGUUUCAUCAAGUACAAAUCCAUACAGACCACAGAAAGUCUGUUCUUUUCUCUGAUUUGAUCUAACAACUUUUCCUAGCUGAUUAUGUUGAAUAUGGAAAUGAAACAAGAUGGCUUGGAGCCUGUACAGAAACUUUGUAUUAAUGUGCCAACUUUGACCUUGUAAGAUUGCUAUUGUUUCAAC